AUCCCGCUCUUCUCGGCGUCCCCGGGGCGGGGACAGCACGGCAGCGGCCGCUCAGUGUCGCGGGAGCCGGACCGCGCAGGCCCGUCCCGGCGGCCCGGGGGGCGCCAUGUGGUUCAUGUACGUGCUGAGCUGGCUGUCGCUGUUCAUCCAGGUGGCAUUCAUCACUCUGGCCGUCGCGGCUGGACUGUACUACCUUGCAGAGCUGAUUGAAGAGUACACGGUGGCCACCAGCAGAAUCAUCAAAUACAUGAUCUGGUUCUCCACAGCAGUGCUGAUUGGCCUCUACGUCUUUGAGCGCUUCCCCACCAGCAUGAUUGGCGUGGGCCUUUUCACCAACCUGGUCUACUUUGGCCUUCUCCAGACCUUCCCCUUCAUCAUGCUGACAUCACCUAACUUCAUCCUGUCAUGCGGGCUAGUGGUGGUGAACCAUUACCUGGCAUUUCAGUUUUUUGCGGAAGAAUAUUAUCCUUUCUCUGAGGUCCUGGCCUACUUCACAUUCUGCCUGUGGAUAAUCCCGUUUGCUUUCUUCGUGUCACUCUCGGCUGGGGAGAAUGUCCUGCCCUCCACCAUGCAGCCAGGCGGUGAGGAAGGGCUUCUUAAGUCAGAUGACGUGGUCUCCAAUUACUUCACCAAAGGCAAGCGAGGCAAGCGCUUAGGCAUCCUGGUUGUCUUCUCCUUCAUCAAAGAGGCCAUCCUACCCAGUCGGCAGAAGAUAUACUGACCCUUUGGGGAGGGCAUGUGGGGGGCAAGACCAAUAGAGCCAGGCCCCUGGGACUCUGGGCUAAUAGUGCUGGGGUGCCUGGAGGGUGUCUUCUGCCAGCCCAGGUUUCCCUCCCCUCUGUUCUGAAGCCCCAUCCCCACCCUCCUCAGGAGGCUUGAAUGCUGCCAGGGGCACCAGAGAGGGUAGCAGAGCCUGCUAUGCCAGGAGGCUAUGUCUCCAGCCCUCCCCUCUCCAGAGUUGGGUCUGGUCAGAUGGGGCAGGCAGGGAAGCGCCUAUGAAGGUAGGGAACUGACAGCAAGUUCUCAGGCAGGUGACCAUAGGGAGGAGCUGAAGAUCGGCACUUCCAGGAAAAGUGCAUUUUGCUGUUGAAUUGUGGGCCUUGUCCAAUGCUGAUUCCCUUUUGAAUAAAGAUUCUAGGCGGCACUGUUUGCCUUAACACCC